AUGAGAUAUCUAUUGCAGGCUAAAAGUUCGACAUCCUUCUGCUCUCUCCGCACCUGUAGAACUAGGGCAGUCCAAAGCGAUAUUGCUGACAUCAAUCCUAGUUACUACCCACAAAUUCAUGUCCAGAAAUUGGUUGACUUCCUCCAUGAAUGUUCACGAGAAAGGUCAGUAAAAGAAGCAAAAGCAGUUCAUGGUUAUGUAUUAAAAUCCAAUUAUUCGGAUGAGAACUUGUUGAUAUUACUGAAUCAUGUAGCUCACACAUACUCAAAGUGCUCAAACUUGACAGAGGCUCGGGGAGUAUUUAAUACAAUGUGUGAAAGGAAUGUGUUUUCUUGGACUGUAAUGAUUACAGGCUCGACAGAGAAUGGGCUAUUUCAUGAUGCAUUCAGAUACUUCUGCAAGAUGCAAAAUUGUGGAAUAUUUCCUGAUGUGUUUGCAUAUUCUGCAUUUAUUCAGUUAUGUAUAGGUCUUGAUUGUUUUGAUUUGGGAAAAAUGGUACAUGCCCAGAUAAUCAUAAGAGGAUAUGCAUCACAUGUUCGUGUUAGCACAUCACUUCUUAACAUGUAUGCAAAGAUGGGAAGGGUCAAGGAUUCAUGGAAAGUUUUCACUAAUAUGACAGAACACAAUGAAGUCUCUUGGAAUGCUUUGAUUUCAGGUUUUACAGAAAAUGGCCUCCACUUAAAGGCGUUUGAUUAUUUUCUUGAAAUGAUAGAAACAGGAUUUACCCCAAAUAAGUACACUCUUGUCAGUGUUUUGAAGGCAACUGGGAAAUUGUGUGAUGCUGGUAAGGGAAAGCAUGUUCAUAAAUGUCUUUUGGAAUUGGAUAUGGAGUCUGAUGUUUUUGUGGGAACCGCGCUGAUUGAUAUGUACUCAAAAUGUGGGGCUCUAUCUGAUGCUAGAUCUGUUUUUGAAAUGAAUUUCAUCAGUUGUCCCCUGAACAUGCCUUGGAAUGCGAUGAUUUCAGGUUAUGCACAGUGUAAUUGCAGCCAAGAAGUUCUAGAACUUUAUGUCAAAAUGUGUCAACGUGAUAUAAAAUCUGAUAUUUACACUUACUGUAGUGUAUUUGCUGCAAUUGCGACUAUGAAGUGUUUGCUGUUAGGUAGACAGGUUCAUGGGAUGCUUUUGAAGUCCGGAUGUAACACUAUGGCCUUGAGUGUUAAAAAUGCAAUUAUAGAUUCAUACUCCAAAUGUGGGUCACUUGAAGACGUAAAAAAGGUUUUUGAUAGGCUGGAGGAAAGAGAUGUAGUGUCUUGGACAAUCAUGAUAAAUGCUUAUUCUCGGUGCUUUGAGUGGGAGGAAGCACUGGCCAUUUUCUCGCAGAUGAGAGAAGACGGUUUUACACCCAAUCAGUUCACAUUCUCUAACGCUCUUGUUGCAUGUACCAGUCUUUGUUUUCUGGAAUAUGGUCAACAACUCCAUGGGCUUCUAUUGAAAGCUGGAUGGGACACUGACAGAUGCAUAGAAAGUGCUUUGAUUGAUAUGUAUGCCAAGUGUGGCAGUAUAAGUGAAGCAAAGAUGGUCUUUGAGGCCAUACCCAACCCUGAUGUUGUUACAUGGACAGCCAUUAUAUCAGGUUAUGCACAGCAUGGUGAUGUUGUUAAUGCCCUCCAGCUAUUCAAGAAGAUGCAGCAGCUUGGUGUUGAAGCAAAUGCAGUGACAAUGUUGUGUGUUUUAUUUGCUUGUAGCCAUGGAGGUAGGGUAGAAGAAGGCCUUCACUAUUUCAAAAGCAUGAAAGAAGUUUAUUGUUUGGUCCCUCAAAUGGAACAUUAUGCUUGUGUUGUUGAUAUGUUAGGUCGCGUUGGCCGCCUAAAUGAUGCAGUCGAGUUUAUAAAGCAAAUGCCUAUGGAACCAAAUGUAAUGAUUUGGCAGAACCUACUAGGAGCAUGUAGGGUUUACGGGAAUACUGAGUUGGGAGAGAUAGCCGCAAGGAAGAUAAUUUCCAUCAAUCCACAUGAUUCAUCUCCUUAUGUGCUUCUUUCUAAUACAUAUGCACAAAUAGGGAGUUCUAGACAAGGACCUGGAUUGAGAAAUGUGAUGAAAGAGCGAGGUGUUAAGAAGGAGCCAGGAUAUAGUUGGAUAUCUGUUAGAGGUAGAGUCCAUAAAUUUCAUGCACAAGAUCAGGAACAUCCAGAAAAAGACGAUUUAUAUUUUAUGUUGGAUGACUUGAGGGAAAAGAUAAAGGCUAUGGGUUAUGUACCAGAUUUGAGAUACGCAUUGGAAAGUGGUUCUUAAACUAGAAGGAAUACAAAAAUUCCUUUAGAAGUUUUCAUCAACAAGAAACUAGUCUUUUAUCACUGUGUACUCCUAUACUGAGCACACUUAGCUAUUCUUCUCCAUCCAUUCUACAACUACAAGUAAUACUCAUGAUCCGAUACAAAGAUGAAGAACAGAAUUCAGAAUUGUUUGCACAAAGCUAAGAGUUUCCCAACCAAUGUAAGUUUUGAGGUCCUAGCACAUCCUAGUUCCUUCAUCACCUUGUCGUUGAGAGCCAUCAUAUACCCGUAAAGCAAGAACCCAAGGUAAAUAUAUGCCAGAAAGAUGUAUAGCUAGUUGCCAAGUGUUGGUGGCCAAACAGGUCCCAAGGAUGCACAUAUAGCUGUUAUGGAUCCUGAGCAGGUUCCUAAACACAUGUACUGAUGUACAUGUACAUAUCACUAUCCCAGAUAAGCAAGAAGAAUGAGCAAGGUAUGGAAACCGUCACUGUAAUAAUCAGUGCUGUUUGUGGCAAGAUAUGCUCUUCCCUGAAACAAGCAGCAGAUAGAAGUCCUAACUUUUUUGAGGCAGGGCUUCGGGCAUUAAUUUGUUCAGGCACAACGUUUUCUUUGGGCAAUAUCAUACUGGGAACCAGUCAUGUUGUGGAGUCUGUGAACUUCGUGAAGAUCAUAAUGGAUUUAUUUUUUCACUCAGUGCUCAAUAGAGGGAUGGUUUUCCGCUAAGCAUAUUAUAAUGAAACAAUGGAAGGUAUGACAAAAUCUUUCUUACAAGGGUUAGUCAAGAACUUGUAAGUUACAAAUUCACAUGUUGCUUCUCUUUCUUUCCUAUAUGACUGUUUCAUGAUGUAUUAUGCUAGAAGUAUGUGUGUUUGGGAAGGGGGCUAUAUAAAGGCUGCAAAUAAUAUGCUCUAUGCUCUGAAUAGUGACAUUUGUUUUAUGUUGCAUUAACUUAUAUUAUUUUUAGCCUAUAUGAUGGUUAAGAUUAUUGGCUAAGCAGACGUGUUAGGUGCUUGUAUUGUUUUUUGAGCUGGGGUUUAUCAUUCAUGUUUAUGGCUUUUGGCUGCAGCCCGGGAAGAAGAAAAAGCUUGGAGGGCUUGUUUGUUUGGCUUAUCUUUAUUGUGUUUCUUAUGUGAACUUUUAUAUGUGAUAUCACUUUCAAAUUCAAAAAGAUAGGAGAAGUUUAGUUCAGGGUCCAAGUUAGCCAC